AUGUGUAAUAAAGAAACAUUAGGUCCCGGUGGUGUAUUCCAUAUACCCAAGCUAAAGCCACUUAAUGAGGCCAAGCAUUGCAUAGAAUGUCAAGCUGUCUUUAAUAUCUUUCGUCAAAAGUACUUUUGCCGUAACUGUGGUGGUAUCGUCUGUAGCAAUUGCUCAGGUAAUCGACAUUCACUCAAGAAGUUUGGUUAUAACAACCCUGUGAGGUGUUGCAAUGCUUGUGACAAGUUGAUAAGAAUGCAAAAUAUGAAUUCAAAUGAGUUAUUACAGCUAUCAUUGAAAGAGUUGAAAGAAUACAUUCAAGCUUACAAUUUGCCUGCUAAAACUGCUAUCGAAAAGGAUGAUCUCGUUCGAAUCAUAUUUAAUACACGACCUAUAUCUGAUGAGAGUGAACUCUUUUACAGAAACAGGCGCCAUAGACUAUCCCGAACCGAGAAAAGUAAUAAUGGAAGCAACAAUAGUAGCAGUAAUAGUAGUACUAGUAACAAUGAUACACCUCUGUUUUCAUUUUCAAAUAUGGUUCAGGAUCUAUUUACGCCUUCACCGAAGCAACCACAACAGCAACAGCAACAACCACAACAACAACAACAACAACAACAACAAAGACGACCUCCUUUUUAUACUCCCCCACAACCACAACCACAACCACAACCACAACAAUCAAGAUAUCAGGCACCUCCACAAUCACGACAGCCAAGAUAUCAAACACCUCCACCUCCACAGCAACAACAACAGCAUCAUAUGAAUACACAAAGAUCCCAGUCUGCAUCUCCUCCAUCUUCUAACGAUCUACUUUCACUUAAUGACAUUGUAAAAGCUAAAAUGGAUCCUUCUUCACUCUCUGUGCGCACAUUAAAAGCUCUCCUGAAAGCAAACUUUGUAGAACAGUCUCAUGUGAUUGAAAAAGCUGAGCUAGUCAAACUUGUAAAUAGAUUAAUUGAGCAACAUAAGCAGAGCCAAAGUCAAGACAACACAAGAGAUGACACACUAUGUCGUAUUUGCUUGGAUGCUGAACAAAAUUGUGUAUUUCUUGAUUGUGGACAUAUGGUCUCUUGUAUGGAUUGUGCGAAAAAGCUGAUAGAGACAAAGAAUGAGUGUCCUAUCUGUCGUGAGGCUAUACUUAAACUGGUACAUGUGUUUCGUACUUGA